AUGUCUUUAUUUGGUGAAUAUCCUUGUGAUCAUGUUCCGUAUCCGCCGAGUUACAUCUCUUUUACAACAGCGACAGUGUCUUCCGUUUUGUGUUUGGUAACCAUAACAGGAAACAUUCUCGUUGUGUUAGCCAUCUUUAUCGACCCAAACAAGGAUCUCAGAUCGCCCUUUAACUCAUUUGUAGCCAACUUAGCAAUCGCUGAUCUUCUGGUUGGAUUUGUGGUCGAUCCACUGGCGAUAGCGUAUCACGUGAGCGAGGGAACGGCGAAAAAAUACCCAGCCGCUCUUGUCUUCAUCCACAUUCCUUACUUCGUUUCUUGCACAGCUUCAGUUCUCAGCCUUGGGGCCUUAACAAUGGAUCGAUUUUUCGCACUGACUUCACCGGUGUCUUACCGAACAAAGCUAAAUCCUAAACGAGCUAGUUUUGUGGCUGCAGGCAUAUGGGCUUUCUCCCUUAGCUUUCCUUUUGUGUACAUCGUGACCGGAUACCUCACCUACUCGUUCGUCUUCAUUCACACCGUGAUCAUUGCCACAUUUCUGGUUAUGUUACUGACUUACGUGAAAAUAUUUCGCGUGUUUAAAGAUCAGGUUAAACAGUGGGACUCGUUGGAUCAGACUAAUUCUGACAAUCAAGCCAAGAGACAAGCAGUAAAAUGGGAGCAGAAAGUAACCAAAACAUUUAUGAUUAUGUUGGGGUUAUUUUUGGCAUGUUAUCUCCCUUCCUGCAUUUGUAUUUACAUCAUCAACCUUUGCUCAUACUGCAGCUGUAAUUUGAUUCAUUGGGCAAGGGAUCUUCCUUUCCUUUUUAUUUUGGCCAAUUCAGCAGUGAACCCGUUUGUUUACGCGUGGCGAUUUGAAAAUUUCAGAAAGGCAAUUGCCAAGCUCUUCUCCUGCCUGAAAUGUAGUGGUAGUUCAAGGUCCAGAACAAUUUACUUCGACAAUUUGGCCAUGGAAAGUAGAAGUUCCGGUUCGUAA